GGCGGUGGCGGCGGCAACGGUAUCUUGCAGCCUCUCUGGAGAGACGGAGGCUGGGCUGGGGUUACAGUCCAAAGUUUUCCCACCAGGAUUUGCCCACCCCACCUCCUCUCUGGAUACGUCCUCGCCUUGUCCUCUUUGCCAGGACGCCUGCAGGUGGUGGGACAGAAAACAUCGAGGCAUAAGAUGAAGCUGUGACAGAUGGGGAAGCUGAGACCUAGAGGGGUAACUUUUUCAAGAUUGCAUAGAAGAGUCAGGAUUUGAAGAUAGUUCUUCUGACUGUUUGAAAGCACAAUGGCAGGAAACAGCCUUGUUCUACCCAUCGUUCUUUGGGGUCGCAAAGCACCAACCCACUGCAUCUCAGCAGUACUUUUAACAGAUGACGGGUCCACGAUCGUGACUGGAUGCCAUGAUGGGCAAAUAUGUCUCUGGGAUCUUUCAGUAGACUUGGAAGUUAAUCCUCGAGCACUGUUGUUUGGUCACACAGCUUCAAUCACCUGUUUAUCUAAAGCUUGUGCUUCUAGUGACAAACAGUAUAUUGUGAGCGCAUCCGAGAGUGGAGAGAUGUGCCUCUGGGACGUGAAUGAUGGCAGAUGUAUUGAAUUUACAAAAUUAGCUUGCACACAUACUGGCAUACAGUUCUACCAGUUCUCUGUUGGAAAUCAGAGAGAAGGAAGGCUUCUGUGCCAUGGCCAUUAUCCCGAAAUCCUCGUGGUGGAUGCCACCAGCCUUGAGGUGCUGUACUCCUUAGUAUCAAAGAUCUCUCCAGAUUGGAUUAGCUCCAUGAGUAUUAUUCGAUCCCACCGAACACAAGAGGACACCGUGGUGGCGCUCUCAGUGACGGGCAUCUUGAAGGUGUGGAUUGUUACCUCGGAAAUAAGUGGCCUGCAGGAUACUGAGCCAAUAUUUGAAGAGGAAUCCAAACCAAUUUAUUGUCAGAAUUGCCAAAGCAUCUCUUUUUGUGCAUUCACACAGAGGUCGCUUCUGGUUGUGUGCUCCAAGUAUUGGAGGGUAUUUGAUGCUGGAGACUACUCCCUGUUGUGCUCGGGUCCAAGUGAAAAUGGACAGACGUGGACUGGAGGUGACUUUGUCUCGGCAGAUAAAGUCAUCAUUUGGACUGAAAAUGGGCAAAGUUAUAUUUACAAACUACCUGCCAGUUGCCUUCCAGCUAGUGAUUCAUUCCGCAGUGAUGUGGGGAAAGCGGUUGAAAAUUUAGUUCCUCCGGUACAACAUAGCCUCUUGGAUCGAACAGAUAAAGAGUUGCUAAUUUGUCCUCCUGUUACUCGGUUCUUCUAUGGAUGUAAGGAAUACUUCCACAAACUAUUGAUUCAGGGUGAUUCUUCUGGAAGAUUGAAUAUUUGGAACAUAUCAGACACACCUGAUAAACAGGAAGAGCUGGAAAUGAGAACUUCUGUUAGUUUGCAAGAGGCAUUUGAUAAACUGAAUCCUUGUCCUGCCGGAAUUAUAGAUCAGCUGAGUGUCAUUCCCAAUAGUAAUGAACCUCUUAAGGUGACCGCAAGUGUGUACAUACCAGCCCACGGACGACUCGUUUGUGGCCGUGAAGAUGGAAGCAUCGUUAUUGUACCUGCCACGCAGACAGCCAUAGUGCAGCUGCUGCAAGGGGAGCACAUGCUCCGCAGAGGUUGGCCACCUCACAGGACACUCCGUGGUCAUCGGAACAAAGUCACAUGUUUGUUGUAUCCGCAUCAGGUCUCAGCUCGUUAUGAUCAAAGAUAUCUGAUAUCUGGAGGCGUGGAUUUUUCGGUCAUAAUUUGGGACAUUUUUUCUGGAGAAAUGAAACACAUCUUCUGUGUCCACGGUGGCGAGAUUACUCAGCUUCUGGUUCCGCCUGAAAACUGCAGUGCAAGAGUGCAGCACUGCAUCUGCUCUGUAGCCAGUGACCACUCAGUAGGACUCCUAAGUUUGCGAGAGAAAAAAUGCAUUAUGCUGGCAUCCCGUCAUCUUUUCCCCAUUCAAGUGAUCAAGUGGAGGCCUUCUGACGAUUACCUAGUAGUGGGAUGUUCAGACGGCUCCGUGUAUGUCUGGCAAAUGGAUACCGGCGCACUGGACCGGUGUGUGAUGGGGAUCACAGCAGUAGAGAUACUGAAUGCUUGUGAUGAAGCAGCUCCUGCUGCCGUCGACUCACUUAGUCACCCAGCAGUCAACUUAAAACAAGCUAUGACACGACGCAGUCUUGCUGCUCUUAAAAACAUGGCCCAUCAUAAGCUACAAACUCUUGCAACUAACCUCUUGGCUUCUGAGGCAUCUGACAAAGGAAAUUUACCUAAAUAUUCUCAUAACUCCCUGAUGGUUCAAGCAAUAAAGACAAACCUAACAGACCCGGACAUACAUGUGCUUUUCUUUGAUGUGGAAGCGUUGAUUAUUCAACUCCUGACUGAAGAAGCCUCUAGGCCGAAUACUGCGCUUAUUUCCCCAGAGAAUCUGCAAAAAGCAUCUGGCAGUUCAGACAAAGGGGGCUCUUUUCUAACUGGAAAACGAGCAGCAGUUCUCUUCCAACAAGUGAAAGAAACUAUCAAAGAGAACAUAAAGGAACAUCUCCUUGAUGAUGAAGAGGAGGAUGAGGAGAUAAUGAGACAGAGGCGGGAAGAAAGUGAUCCCGAAUAUCGGGCCAGCAAAUCUAAGCCACUGACCCUGUUAGAAUAUAAUCUGACUAUGGACACCGCAAAAUUGUUCAUGUCCUGCCUUCACGCCUGGGGUUUGAAUGAUGUUCUGGAUGAAGUCUGUCUUGAUCGCCUUGGAAUGCUGAAACCCCACUGCACAGUAUCGUUCGGCCUCUUAUCGAGAGGAGGUCAUAUGUCACUGAUGCUUCCUGGUUAUAAUCAGGCUGCUUGUAAACUAUCACAUGGGAAAGCAGAAGUAGGAAGGAAGCUGCUGGCAACGGAGGGAAUAGGAAAGGGAACUUACGGAGUGUCCCGGGCCGUCACCACACAACAUCUCCUGUCUAUCAUAUCUUUGGCAAAUACCUUAAUGAGUAUGACCAAUGCAACUUUUAUUGGUGAUCAUAUGAAGAAGGGCCCUACCAGGCCACCUAGACCAGGCACCCCAGACCUUUCUAAGGCAAGGGGUUCUCCUCCAACUUCCAGUAAUAUUGUGCAAGGACAGAUUAAACAAGUUGCCGCACCUGUCGUUUCUGCUCGGUCUGAUGCUGAUCACUCUGGCUCUGACCCUGCUUCUACUCCUGCUUUACAUACCUGUUUCUUAGUAAAUGAAGGAUGGAGUCAGUUGGCUGCUAUGCAUUGUGUUAUGCUGCCAGACCUGCUGGGAUUGGACAAAUUUAGGCCCCCGCUUCUAGAGAUGCUGGCUCGGAGAUGGCAAGAUCGAUGCUUGGAGGUCAGAGAAGCUGCACAGGCCCUGCUUCUAGCAGAACUGAGAAGAAUUGAGCAGGCGGGACGGAAGGAGGCCAUUGAUACCUGGGCUCCUUACUUACCUCAGUACAUGGACCACGUCAUAUCACCUGGGGUCUCAGCAGAAGCCAUGCAGACUAUUACCACUGCUCCUGACGCCUCGGGGCCAGAAGCCAAAGUCCAAGAGGAAGAGCACGACCUUGUGGAUGAUGACAUCACCACUGGUUGCUUAUCAAGUGUCCCACAAAUGAAAAAAAUUUCCACAUCUUAUGAGGAAAGACGGAAGCAAGCUACUGCUAUUGUUUUACUAGGAGUAAUAGGAGCUGAAUUUGGUGCAGAAAUUGAACCUCCUAAACUGCUGACCAGACCUCGAAGCUCUAGUCAAAUUCCUGAGGGAUUUGGUUUGACUAGUGGUGGAUCCAACUACUCACUGGCCAGACAUACUUGUAAGGCACUGACAUUUCUUCUGCUGCAGCCACCAAGCCCCAAACUUCCUCCACACAGUACGAUCCGAAGAACAGCCAUUGAUCUGAUUGGACGUGGUUUCACAGUUUGGGAGCCUUACAUGGAUGUGUCUGCUGUCCUGAUGGGGCUUCUUGAACUUUGUGCUGAUGCCGAGAAACAACUUGCCAACAUCACAAUGGGGCUGCCUCUGAGCCCUGCAGCUGACUCUGCCCGCUCCUCGCGGCAUGCCCUAUCCCUCAUUGCCACGGCCAGACCACCCGCCUUCAUCACGACUAUAGCCAAAGAGGUGCACAGACAUACUGCUCUUGCAGCAAAUACCCAAUCCCAGCAGAAUAUGCACACCACAACUCUUGCCCGAGCUAAAGGGGAGAUUCUGAGAGUCAUUGAAAUUCUUAUUGAAAAGAUGCCCACGGAUGUCGUGGAUCUUCUCGUGGAGGUUAUGGACAUCAUUAUGUACUGCCUUGAAGGAUCUUUAGUUAAAAAGAAAGGUCUUCAGGAAUGUUUCCCAGCCAUCUGCAGGUUCUACAUGGUCAGCUAUUAUGAGCGGAAUCACAGAAUAGCAGUUGGAGCUCGCCAUGGUUCAGUGGCCCUGUACGACAUCCGGACUGGAAAGUGUCAGACAAUCCACGGUCACAAGGGACCAAUCACUGCCGUGGCCUUUGCCCCUGAUGGACGAUAUCUUGCCACCUACUCAAACACAGACAGCCACAUUUCUUUCUGGCAGAUGAACACCUCCCUGUUGGGGAGCAUCGGCAUGCUGAACUCGGCACCCCAGCUGCGCUGUGUUAAGACCUACCAGGUGCCCCCCGUGCAGCCGGCGUCCCCCGGCUCCCACAAUGCCCUCAGGCUGGCCCGGCUCAUCUGGACCUCCAAUCGCAACGUCAUCCUCAUGGCCCACGACGGCAGGGAGCACCGCUUCAUGGUCUAGGGCUCGUGUCUGCAUCCCGUCCCGGUUCCCCCAGGUCUCCAAGCCCAGAGUCCCGUCCUUCCUCAGUGCCCACCCCCGCCGGGGUCAUGGGGGGCACAGCCGGGUCUGUGUCCCUCCGCAUGGUCCCCGGGGGCAGACUCCUGCUCGUGCCACCUAUUGACUGAGGCAUGCACACAUCGCUCCGCAGGAAGUGGCCGUCCCGUCCCCAGGUCGCUUCUCACCGCCGCAGCGGGCGGGGCAGCCAGCGGUCCCGUUGCUCGGUGCACCAGAAGCCCGGAAAUCAAUAACCACUGUGAUUGCACUGCCAGCCCAGAUCAGCAGUUUCCUCACGCUGAACCCCACCUCUGAAUGCUGUUGGAAGCUGGUUGUUCUGACAUUGGGUUUUGAGGUCAUGUGGCAGGCCUAAUUAUUGACACUAUUUUCCUUUGGGUUUCCUAAAACGUGCUAUUGUUUACCAGAAAGAUUCUGUGUUUACGUGGGGUUUUUUUCUCCGGGAGAUUGCUAGGCAAUUACUCAAUCCAAUUUCCUAGGGUUUAGCCACUACCUUCUUUAUUAACACCUAACCGAUUGGAGAUUAAUGAGAAAAUACACACACACACACACAAAUUUUCCUUGUGGAGACUACAGUUUCCCAGACACCGAGCCUUCUAAAAUGCUCAUAUCCCGCUUAAGUGAUACUGUAUUUAAUAGCUCAAAAUCAAAAUGAUCACUACUUAUGAUCUAGUUAAUAUAAUUAUCCAGUCACUAUAAUCUCUUAAAUGGACUUUUGU